AUGAAGCAUAAAAACGAGCCUCUGCAUUCAACAGAGUGGAAAGCUGAGCUGGAAAGUUUCGAAGAUGAAAGACUCCAGAAAUUAUGGGAGAAAGCAAAGAAGGGAAUGUUUUCUGACGACGAAUUGAGAAUUUAUGCACUGAAGCUAUUUUCAGCACUUCACAAGGAGCUGAAAGACGCCGAAAGAAAAACCAGGAUUUACAAGGACGUGUUGCAAGAGACAAAUAAGGUUGCCGAAUUUCUUGCUUUCCGAAUCCCUGUCGAGAAUUCCAUUUUGCAUGAUGAAACUGCAUCGAUAGAAGACAAGAAAAGUCAGCUUAAGAAAGCAUAUCGCGAAAUGUCCGAUCAUAUUGAGCAGUUGACUGAAAAACUAAAAGACGAUAAGACCACUCUUUUCGAAAAUGAACGUGUUAGACGGUUGUGGAAAGCGACCGAUGCCAUGGAAAUGUUUCAGGCGCAAACUAAUGGCAACUUCUCUGAACAUGAUCUCAACGUUAUGAAAGAGGAGCUUACGCAUUUCGAUAAGCAACUCAAAAAGAUGGCAUUCCACAAAACUGGAUCAAUUUUGCAGCAAGAAUUAGAAGCCCGUCGUGCCGAACGUGCAAAACAAGGGAAAAUGCUUCUCCAUACAGUUGAAGAUGUUGAAUUGGAGGCUAAGCACGAAAAGAUGGACAGAAAACUACGAAAAAUGGAGAAGUAUCUCGAGGCCAAGACCAGGCAUAUGGAGCUUUGA